AUGUUAGCUGCACAAUGUAAUAAAAUAUCGACGAAUAAUCCCAAAUAUUCUCAACUAUCAUCGACAAAUUCAUCUCCAAUAUCGCGAACAAGCUUUUACGCUUGGAAAAAACCAAAUUCAGCAACGUCUCCACAAACGAUACCAUCAGCAUCAUCCUAUCCAAAUGUCAUUCAAGUUCCCUCACAACGAUCAUUGAAUCCUCCAAGUGAUUUAUUCUACACAAGUUUAUCAUCUCAUAUGCAUAACAACAACGAUCAACAAGAUUCAACGUCAGCAUCAUCAAUUUCAAAUUCAUUAGGUCGACUUCGACAAGAGGCAGCUCAAGCAGCAUACGAACACGUUCUAUUAAACGGGAGUGGUCAUCAUCUGACAUCAUCUAUCAAUGAUGCUCCAAAUUGGCUCAAUAAUCACUCAUGGACAAAUGAUCCACAACCACAAUUAAUGUUUUCUACAAAUAGAAAUACGAAUGAUAAUCAGUUUAGCGGAUCGGCUUACACGGAUUUAUUAUCAGUUGGUCACUAUUCGGAUAAUAGUUAUCGAAAUGAAUUUCGCUUGUUUCCUCCACCGCCACUCCCACAUCAUCACAAUCCUCAUAUCCAUCAACUUCAACAAAACAAUCACACAUCAACACCAAUUCCAACUCAACAACAGCAGCAACAACAACAACAACAACAACAACAACAACAACAAUCAAUGAACAGUUCAAAUACAGGUGGAGUGUCUUCUAUAAAUAUAAAACAGCCGAAAAGUAGUCGUGCUCAAUGCGAUUGCCCUAAUUGUCGCGAAGUCGAUCGUUUGGGACCAGCUGCUGCUCAUUUACGAAAACGAAAUAUACACAGUUGUCAUAUACCAGGAUGCGAGCGGCCAUUUGUCUGCAAUUGGCUAUUUUGUGGAAAACGUUUUACCAGAUCAGAUGAACUUCAACGACAUCUUCGAACACAUACAGGAGAAAAACGAUUUGCUUGUCCAAUCUGUUCAAAACGUUUUAUGCGUAGUGAUCAUUUGAAUAAACAUGUUAAAACUCAUUCGAUAAAUUCUGUAAAUGGUACAAAUCAAACACGAAAAAUCGAUUCAGAUUCAGAAAAUAGUCGAGAAGAUAAUCAUCAUUUAUUGCAUGAUAUUAAACGUGAACCAAGAAUGAAUGAAUAA